GGUUUCCAUUACGCGUUGUUAAGUCUCACCUCCGGUCGUGACGCAGAUGGAGGUUGGGUUUGAGGCAAGCUUAUACCACUUUGAUCUUGAGAAACGAUUCUUAUGUUUCUGGAGUGAGGCAGAUACAAGGUCUGUCUAACCCCGCGAGGAAAAGUUACCACGAUGAGUCGCAGUGCGCUCCUUGGAAGCAGAGGGAUGAUUUAUCUCGGUUUGAUUCUGUCGCUGGCUCUUUCACUCCAAGGUGCUCCACUAACCAGAAGUGCACAGAUGCAGAGGUCAGGGAGGGGUUCAGCCAUGGAAGACCCCAUUCACCCGAAGCCGUCGAGGAAGGUGGGGAUCCCUCUCUUGCCUCCCAAUGAGAACAUGAACGCGUUGAGCCUGCAGAGAGGGCCCGACGACGGCCCACCACAGGCCGCAGACUACGAGGAAGUCGAGGUGUCUGGAGAUGGCCACCUCCCCGGCGGGGAGACGGAAGGGGUAUCGGGAGACGGUUCGAUUGACUACUCGGAUUUCAACUUCCCCUUCCCCGUCGGGAAGCCGGAGACACGGGAUUUUGCCAGCCAAGGAAGGGCGGAAUGAAAGCUUUUCUCAGGGCAGCGGGGCAAGAGGCAGGAAGAGCUGCCUCCUUAUCCCUCAGAUUGGCAGAAUGAAUCAUUGCGGCCACUUUUAACAGGGAGCAGAAUUUAAAAAAUGCUAAACCUCACUGGGGAAAAUUGUCUAAAUCAUUGCUGAUUUGCCAAAUUAUCCAAAUGUUCUGAUGAAGAGAUUGUAAAAUUAACAGUUGUUCCCUCUGUACAGAUGCUGCCUGACCUGCUGAGUGUUUUCACCAUGUCCUGUUAUCUUUCAGGUUGCGUUAUCUAUGUUACCCAAAAACUAUACUUGUGUUUUUUAACUAAACCAAAAACCUUUUCUCCAGAGAUGCUCCCUGCCCCACGGAGUUACCCCAGCAUUUUGUGCCCAUCUUCCGUGCAAACCUGCAUCUGCAGUUCCUUCCUGCACAUUUUGUCCGCUCCACUGCAAAAUCUCCUCAAGGUGUCCCUACUUUGAAGAAGUUCUCCUCCUCAACCCAAAACGUCACCCUAUCCUUUUCCCCAGAGAUGUUCCCUGACCGGCUGAGUUACCUCACCAUUUUGUGUCUAUCUGUACAAAUUAUUCCAAACGACUGUGAAUGUUGGCCAGUCAGAACGAUUCGGACGCUGCUGCAAGUUAUAGCAGUAGUAUUAGGCCAUUCGGCCAUCGAGUCUAUCAUGCCAUUCAGUCAUGGCUGAUCUCUGCCACCUAAUACAAUUUUCCGGCCUUCUCCCUAUAACCCCUUCCCACAGAUGCGGCCUGACCUGCUGAGUAUUCCCAGCAUUUUCUGUUCAUGCUUUAGAUUUACAGCAUUAAACCAUCCCCCAACUAGGAAGGUCUCAUGUCCCUUCCAGUUCACCCUUGCACAAAGGCAAAUCACCUGAAUCCACCCAUCACUCGCCAGGUUUUGUCCCGCCUCUGCCCCUCUCUUCCAGCUUUCUUCACUUCACCCCCCCCCCCCCCC